AUGCUGUACUCACCGGGGCUCUAUAUUGGUGCUAUAUUGGCGUGUUAUGCUCCUACACUCUCGUCAGCCAUUCCAUUGCAUCGGGUCCGCGAUACUCGUACUUACAUCGUCAAACUCAAAUCCGGCAUUGGCCCUGGCUCUCAUUUAUCUGACUCGAGCUUCGCCCAAUUUAAUGAACGUUUAUACGACCCACGUGUUCUAAAUGGCUAUGCUAUUGGUUUGACCCCAAACGCAAUGGAAGUGCUCAAAGCAAAAUAUGCCGAGCAAAUCGAGUACGUCGAAGAGGACCAAGUAGUUUACAGCACAUCAGAAAUAGUACAAAAUGAUGCAACAUGGGGCUUACAAAGGAUUUCUCAGAAGGGCACCUUACCUCAAAGUAGCAGCGCGACCGCGCUUAAUUAUACAUACCACUAUGAUUCCUCUGGUGGAGAAGGUGUUGAUAUAUACAUUUUCGACACUGGUGUGUACGUUGAACAUGAAGAAUUUGGAGGACGUGCAACACAUGCGCCUGUGUUUAUAGACAAUUCAACGCCUGGCGACAGAUAUGGCCAUGGUACCCAUUGCGCAGGGACCGCAGCAGGCGCUCGAUAUGGCGUCGCAAAAAAGGCGAACAUAAUCGAUGUCAAGGUUUUGUCGGAUAAUGGAAGUGGUUCGGUUUCAGCCAUCAUCGCAGGAUUGAGUUGGGCCGUCGCAAAUGCAAAAAAUACUAACCGUCCUGGAGUCAUAAGUAUGAGCCUCGGUUCGUUUGGGUCUAGUACCGGUGCCCAGGCCGAUGCGGUCCGACAAACAGUCGCAAGCGGUCUCGCCGUUGUUGUUGCAGCUGGAAAUGAGGCAAGUUCUGCUACAGAAUGGACGCCCGCCAACGUGGAUGAGGCAAUUGUGGUGGGAAAUCUCGACAUCUUUGAUGGCCAAUAUCGGACCUCAAACUAUGGACCAACUCUAGAUGUCUUUGCACCCGGAACCAAUGUCGUGUCUGCUGGAAUAACUGGUCCUAGUGCGAUCAAAGUAGACACGGGUACGAGCAUGGCUGCGCCACAUGUCGCUGGAAUCGUCGCAUAUUUGCUGUCACUCGAAGGGCCCCGUACUCCGGCAGAGCUCAGCGCUCGCAUAGUAGAAUUGGCUAUACCAGGUGUCCUCAGUGGCCUAUCUCCGAAUACGACCAACCUUGUGGCUCAACUGCCAGCAUGA